AUGCAGUAUAUCUCCAUUCGUCCCUCUUUGGUCCCGUUUUUACAGGCGUGGCCCUUCCAGUCCGUAGACCCCACGUGUAACUCGUCGCCCCCAAUCACGCUUAUACAUGUUUACCGGGACGGUGUGCUUGGCCACAUUCCCGCGAACCUGCUGGUGGAACUAGACCUCAUACAGCUGGCUGUGGGGCAUAUUGCACCAGCGAAUAUCCGCUGUGUGGAGAUGGGCAGUCAGAAUGUCAAAUAUCAGCGAGGAGAGACCAUCCUGCCCCUGCCGAUGGCUGUGGACAUUGCGGGCGAUGAGGAUGAAAUUAAGUGCCCAAACCAAACGAGGCAACGGUUUGUUGUAGAGGAAACACCCAUUGUUUCGGAUAUCUUGCGGUUUCUCGAACGCCGGGCCAACCGUCCCAUCCCCCAUCUCGCCGUCAAGCUGCAGGUGCUGUCACGGUACAUCCAAAUCGCGCUCUUGGUGGUGUUCGUCUCGGUAGAACUGGUCAAUGUGUGUCGCUACUACACCAUCUCGGACCACUCGGGGGCGUGGAGUGAGAUGUUCCUGGUGCUGCCUAUCUACACGGUGCUGCCGAUGCUCCCCAUGAGCAUACCCUUUCUGUGGUACAUGAUGAAUGCCUUUGGCGUGGCCCAUAUCCUGGCGACCUACGACAUGCUACUAGAAACCGACUAUGCUCCCCAGUCGGGCCACAAACGGCACAGCGAUUUUGGCAUCAGCGCCCCACAGGAUAACGAAAUUCCCGUGGACGAUGGGUGGGCAGACGAAGGAGAAGAUAGCGAUUCCUCACUGGAAGAGUCAUUCGACCUGGAGAGUCGCAGCCCGACGGCGCAGAAGCACACGAGCACAUUUCCCGCGACACAACGCACGGAAAAGGUCUACGUCCCCAGAUUGUUCCAGGUGAUGCGACGUGUGUUUCAAGUGUGGUACGGGUCUGCCUACGCAACGCUGCCGCGCUCGUCUAGUCUAUUUUUAGAAAUGGGGUCGAUCACGGUGGUAUGCACAGUAGACAAGGAAGGGGUCUUGUCGUAUCCCACCCCCUCAGUGGAGAAGAUAUUCCUGCCCGGAUCUGAAGUUGUGGCCAUGGAUUUGCUCAAUGUGCCUGAGGCCAAACGGGACGAUAUCACAGACGCCGAUCUGGAUGUCACCGAUAAUAUGGAGUACAGUGCCAGCGAGGGACGGUACACCCCUUCGCCGGACUCGCGACUUCCAGAGCUCGCCAGACACCCAGGAUUAUCCCCAGACGAAUCCAAAACCUUAGGCAGCAACGACAUACUCGUGAACGCAGACACAGAGACAAACGAGCACCUGAAAUUGAGCCAGAGUAUCAGCGUACCGGCGAAUAUGGCCCUUGCCAAGGACCCAGCGGACAGACCUGCCCUGGGCAGACUCCCUGGGUCCAGUUUUAGUGCCGAACAUUUGCGACGAUUUGGCAGUACUAGCGAGCAGGGGAAGAGCGUGCCCAAGAAGCACAAUGACAGUCGCGUGGGGAACGGUCCGAUGGCGCGCGUUGAUAUGCGCGUGGGCGUGGAUUCGGAUAUGAACGAGAGCUGUGAGGAUGAGUGUGCGGACGAGGUAGUUACGCCCAAUGUGGGUAUGGACGGCCGGUGGAGUCCAAUGACCCGGGGUGUGGGUGGAGAGCAGGAAACAGAUACGGAUAUGGAUGUGGAUGGGGAUGUGGAUGUGGAUCGGGAUGGGGAUAGAGGUAGAGAUUUGGAUGUAACCGAGAGACGGAUAGGUGGAGUGACUAGGAGUGCGGGUAAGGUAAAGAUGAAGGAAAGUUCAGGGGAUAGGAGCACUUCCGUGGAAGGGACCGGUGGAGCCACCAGGCUUUGGGGCAUUUGGAAGGGGAGUGGGUUUGUACCCGAAGCCACAGACGCGGACGGCGAAGCAGAGGAGACGGAAACGGACGAUGCGGUAGGCAAGAAGACGAAACGCGGGGCCAAGAAGAGCAAGAAGAAGUGGUCGAGACGGCAGGGUGACUCUAGUCGGGAUGUCACCGACAGAGACUCGGUAGGGCAGGAGAGGUCUAAAUUCGGGUUGUGGUCUUUAUUUGUAUUGCAGGUGUACAUUGGAACAUAUAGGACGUGUCACUCGAUACGAGCAUAUACGAUCUAG